UCCUCAGUUUCAGUUUUGUAGCUAACGUGUUCGAACGUCUUAAAAUUUCCCUCUAUAUUUUUUGUACCUCUGGUUUUCUUAAAACUUUCUUAAGUUUUAAAAAUUUUUUGUAAACCAAAACAAUGUUUCGGAAUCUUUGUUUUGCCGUGCCGGUUAUUGGUAAUAGAUUGAGAUCUGCUUGUAAUAUUUCUGGGAUAGUUCGAAAAGUAAGCAAGCCAUCUUUAUUGAGUCUGCCAUUAGUGACAAGUGUUGAGCAAAAAACCCACUUGGAUCCCCGGACCCAGUUUGAGAAACCGGAGACUUCGAAUUGGAACUUCGCUAGACAGUACAGCACAGCUGAUAUUAAAUUCAGCAAAUAUAUCGAGAAUCAAUGGGAACCAAAGACCCCUCCCCAGGGAUUGCUGCAGCCGGAUGAAGCCAUCUUUUUAUUAAAAAAAUGCCAAUCUGCCAAUAUUCAUUAACCAUAUACCAUAUGUCAAAACUCUAUGCAUGGAUUUAUAAAUUUUGUUCUAAAUAACUUUUAGUAAAGACAAAAUUAUCCAUCAAGGCCA